GCCACUGCUCAAAGAUUAUGGAGCUGUGGAGACAGCUGAGGCAGGCUGGACUGGUGCCCCCAGGGCUGGGCCCACCUCCCAGGGCCCUGAGGGGAGUCCCCCCAGCAGGGAGAGCUGACCAGACCCUCAUGUCCCCAGGGGCAGACACUAAAGGUGCCAGGGAGAGUCUGCUGUGGAUCUGGGAGGAGCUGGGGAACCUCCGCAGAAUGGAUGUCCAGCUGCUGGGCCAGCUGUGCAGCCUGGGGCUGGAGAUGGGGGCGCUGCAGGAGGAACUGGUCACUUUCCUGGAAGAGGAGGAGGAGCAGAUCAUUGAGGAAGAGAAGGAGGAUGAAGAGCCAAAGGGAAAACAGGAGGAAGGACACCUGGGGGACUCCUGCCCACCCUCAUGCCUCGGCCUCCCAGACUUUGAGAUGACUAUCUGAGGCCCUGCCAGUGUACUUCCUAUUGGCACAUGAAUGAGAUGCAAAUUUAUGCAACAGGGGGAUUUACAGGUCAGAUCUACCUGCAAAUGUUGAUUUGGAAUCUACACGUGUCCCUGAGCAAGUGCUUUCUCUGAAGUUGUCUGCAAGGAGGUUCAGGGCUUGGCCUGUGAGCUGUGGGCAUGCUUGAAGAUGACGUGGAAAGUUUGCAGAGAAAUGAGGUGUGUGUGCAGGUGAGCUGCAGGAGUGUUGCAGGGGAGGUGUGGGUCUUUUCAAAUAGAAUGGAGGUACUUGCAGAUGAGAUUUUAGGUUAAGACCAUCCAAGGCACUGAGCACUUGAAAUCGACUAACUAGCCAUAAUUGAGGUGCACUGUAAGUGUAACAUACACGCUGAAUGCUGAAUUUCAAAGGCUUAGUAUAAUAACAAGAAUACAAGACAUUUCAAUAAUCUUUAAAAAAUUAAUUGCAUAUUGAAAUAAUCUUUUUAGUAUAUUGGGAUACAUAAAAAUAUUACUAAAAUUAAUUUUACUUGUUUAUUUAAGAUUUUUUUUAUUGUGGUAAAAUAUACCUAAUA